AUGGCCACUCUCAAGGGCCUGGGAUUCCAGUUGUCUGUAGACAAUGCUCCGGUUACCGGAGAGCGCUUGCCAGCCGCCACCCUUGAAAGUGAUUCAUCUGAUGGUGAUAGCGAGAGCUCUAUCCAGAGACACAUAGAUUUCUGGGAUAGGGAUGGCGAUGGAAGGAUCAGCCUCGCAGACACUUGGAUCGGGCUUCACGAUCUGGGUUUCUCCAUGAUUUCCUCAGCUAUAGUCACCGUUGCGAGUCAUGCCUCCUUGACUGUGCCCAGUAGUCUAGCUGUCACCCACAGCCUGGACCCAUAUCUAGGAGUAUACGUUGCAGAAUCUCCGAAAUACAUCCUGUCGAUCCUCAGUGGAAAAUGCUUCUACGACGAACAUGGCCGGUUCUGCCCGACUCCCUUUGAAGAGGUCUUCGCCAGCAGCAGCGAAAGGCAACAGGAUUCCCUUGACACUGGUGAGAUACAGGAUUUCGUAAAACGACGGAGACGACCUACACACUUAGCUGCUUGGGUUGUUACUGUGGCGGAAUGGCACAUCGUUGCGCUUUUCCGGCAGGACGGGACCAUCUCAAAAACCCGACUACGGCAAAUUUACGACGGUUCGAUCCUCUCUGAGAUACGUCAAACAAGAAAAGUGUCCCAUGCACUCUGGCCCCUGUCUGAAGUCGAGAAAUCUGUUCAUGGCCCGGCGGUGAUUUAUGCCGCGAGACACCUGCUCCUUAUUAGCAUAGCCAUCUCAAAAGCAGUAGUGAUGUUAUUCGUAUCCUGCAUAGGGUACGGCUGCUUGAACAGUAUUACUAGCAAAGAUUUUAGAGCAACCGUUUACGUCUGGACGAUUGGCUGGACAUUGCUCGCUUGGCGCUCACUUCAAAAUGUGGCGCGAGACAAGUCUCUCUUUUAA